UUUCCCGCCCGCGUCACCGUCACCGCCGCCACCGCGCGCCCCAGAGUCCAGCCAUGCCCAACAUCGUGCUCUUCAGCGGCUCCUCGCACCAGGACCUGUCCCAGCGCGUGGCCGACCGGCUGGGCUUGGAGCUGGGCAAGGUGGUCACCAAGAAGUUCAGCAACCAGGAGACCAGUGUGGAGAUUGGUGAGAGCGUGAGAGGGGAGGAUGUCUAUAUCAUUCAGAGUGGCUGUGGGGAAAUCAACGACAACCUAAUGGAGCUCCUCAUCAUGAUCAAUGCCUGCAAGAUCGCAUCCUCAUCCAGGGUGACGGCCGUGAUCCCGUGUUUCCCGUACGCCCGCCAAGAUAAAAAGGACAAGGUAGGAGAGAGCCGUGCUCCGAUUUCUGCAAAACUUGUGGCCAAUAUGCUCUCGGUGGCUGGGGCAGAUCACAUCAUCACCAUGGACCUGCAUGCCUCUCAGAUACAGGGCUUCUUCGACAUCCCCGUGGAUAACUUGUAUGCGGAGCCCGCGGUCCUGCAGUGGAUCCGGGAGAACAUUGCCGAGUGGAGGAACUGCAUCAUCGUCUCCCCGGACGCAGGCGGCGCCAAAAGGGUGACGUCGAUUGCGGACAGGUUGAAUGUGGAAUUUGCUUUGAUUCACAAAGAGAGGAAGAAGGCGAAUGAAGUGGACCGGAUGGUUCUGGUGGGUGACGUGAAGGACCGCGUGGCCAUCCUGGUGGAUGACAUGGCCGACACCUGUGGCACCAUCUGCCAUGCCGCAGACAAGCUACUCUCAGCUGGAGCCACCAAAGUCUAUGCUAUCCUGACCCAUGGAAUCUUCUCUGGGCCAGCCAUUUCUAGAAUAAAUAAUGCUGCCUUUGAGGCUGUGGUUGUCACAAACACAAUUCCGCAAGAGGACAAAAUGAGACACUGCUCCAAGAUUCAGGUUAUUGACAUUUCCAUGAUCUUGGCGGAGGCUAUCCGAAGAACGCACAACGGUGAAUCCGUGUCUUACCUGUUCAGCCAUGUUCCCUUAUAACUCGCAAUUGUCAUGUGUCGGACAAGCCCGCUCUUGACUUCUUUGUCUGUCUGUUUUUGUUGUUGUUUUUCUUUUUUUUUUUAAGAUUUAGGACUAACACUUAUAGGAUAAUGGGUAGUAAAAUCUUCAGAUCUUUGUAUUCUCUGAGAUUCAUUUUUCCCCCCUUUGAAAGCUUGAGGCCACUCAUUUCCAGUUCUCAGGGGAGGGCCGUGGUUAUUUGGCUUUUAAGCGAGAGAAAUGUUUGUGUCAUCUUGACUUGUUCUGACCUUUUCCUUUGUCUUUCAGUCCUUGAAAGCCACAGCAUUUCGAGUAUAUAAUUUCAUUGUGGGAGCUCAUAGUUUAUAUAUUUCUGGGCUUGCCAGAGUGACUUCACGUUAAAGCCUCUUGUGUAAAUAGAUGAUGAUAAUGCCCAUGGGCAUUUGGGUAAAACCUUGUGUAGAAAGCCGGUUAGUUUUGAGCGAACCUGAAAAAUUUUAUAAUACUGUAAAUUUUGAUUUUUUUUUUUAAAGUAACCAGGGUUGAAAUAAACCACCUUGGUUAUUGUGCUUAAUUUGAACCAGUUUUUAUUUAGCUUAAGGUAGCCAUCAAUGCGUCUAGCUUUCCAUGGAGGUCAGACACAUCAGAGGCCGUGGAGUUCAGUAUCUUUUUUUUAUGACCACUCCUGAAAACCAUGUUAUAACUGUCUCUUAGCUGGAAUUCCAUGUCCUGAAAUUCUGACAUUUUGCUCAGCAGUGGAUCUGAUUAUGAAACCGUUUUGAGAUGCAGCCUCUGAGCACACUGCCACCUUGAUGCUCUCCUCCUUGCGUUCCUGUUGGAAGUGGGAAGGUGCGGGCAGACUCCCCAGUUCUUUGAGGUGCACCUCACAUCCGGUCAUCUUGUUCUUUUACAUCGUAUUUUUAGCUAUAGCUGCCCCUUUUCAUUUUUACCCAACAAUUUCAUGUUGUGGAUUUCCACCAGAGUAGACGCCCUCGUAGCCCCUCAGAUCUACCAGUCCGAUUAUUACCUUGCUUUUGACAUAAAUAAAAAGGCAUGUUUUUAUGGGUGCUACCAAACGCCUGUUUAAACAGUAUGUCUUUAUCUUUGAUUAAAUAUUUUUUUGUCCUGAGUAGUUGGAGGUAGCAAGUCUCUAGGCAACUGAUGAUUUUAACUGAAGUUUUUACAUGAAAAAUGUAGAGAAAAGUACAGAUAAGUAAACUUUAAUUGCUCCUUAAGGAUAAUGUUCAAAAACGUCCCCAAAGUCUUCACGGAGGGGAAAUUCCCUGAGAUUGUAUUACCACAGAUGGUCUUCCCAGUGUUCUCCUAAGUGAGGUGCCCGGCUGCCUCCUUGGUGGGAGCCAGUCUUUGGACUGUUUGUAGAUUUUGUUACAUGCACAUUGAUGGGACAACCCACUGAAUAAUUCCGCCUCCAAAGAAGAGAUUUGCCUGCAUAGACAAAGCCUAGGAAUAAUAAACAACAAUCUCUCCCUUCUCCGAAUUUUAAUACUCGUAGAAAAUAAAUCGGCCAAAAUUCUGUGAGUGGAAAAUCAAAUCUAUUUUGGUCAUGAACAACUAGAACAGCAGUAUUGAGGGUUUCAAACUUUACCACAGCAGAGGUUGAAUUGAAGUUAUAAGGUAACAUUUUAGUUGUUGUAGGAACUAGCAUUUUACUCUACCUUAAAACGGCUGUUGGGAAAGGAUGAUAUUGGGACGUGGAAAAGUCAGCUAUGCAGUACAGUUAGCCUGAGAUGUGUGAAGAGCCUGAUUUGAUGCUAUGUAACUUUUAUUGGGAAACCCUGGUGGCAUAAUGGUUAAGCGCUAUGGCUGCUAACCAAAAGGUUGGUAGUUCAAAUCCACCAGGCGCUCCUUGGAAACUGUAUGGGGCAGUUCUACUCUGUCCUGUAGGGUCGCUAUGAGUCGGAAUUGACUCGACGGCAGUGGGUUUAGUUUUUUUGUUUUUUGUUUUUUAACUUUUAUUAGAUAAAUGUGUGUUAUCUCUAUUUGUUGGGGUUCCUUUGCAUAGAGAAGUGGAAAUGUAGUUGUGAACACCCAUGUGGUCAGCUUGAUAUACAAGUGUAGAUGUGUUGACAUUAAUGAAAACCAGUUGAUUUCAAGAUAAUCAUUUUGUCUGAGAUCAUGAUCUAUAGAUAAAAAACUGGGCAUGAAAAUCUGCGUCUCUGAGUUAAGAAGUGAUUGUUUCUAUCAUAGUUUAACCCCCCACUUUUGUAUUUUCAAGUACUUUUGAAUGUAUCUAUGAACUAAUUAGAGUGGACUUAGAUAUGUGCAGUGGAAAUGUGGAUAUUAACUCUUCCAUGAUUUCACUUCAACAAAAAUGAUGACGAUCGCCUCAUGAGGAGCUUCAUUCCAGAACUUUCACGUUCCUUGCUGCUUGGAGUGUAGAAGUUUAUAAGUGAUGCCACCAAAUAUUUUUAUUCUGUCCAACUCAGCUGAAUGUGGGUGGGCUCGGUGUGUAUCUAGACAAGAAGGAGAGCCAGAGAAAUGUGAAUAUACCAAAGUUGUUUUGCCUCACACUUAAAUUAUACUAGUCAAUUUAUAGAUAUUCAUACUGUAACUUUCCUCUCUUAGAUAUGAUCUCAACUCCAUUCAGGAAUAGAUCAUUGGCAGCACUUGUAUUGGCAUAGAGUAUGGCAUUUUAAGUUUCUCCAGCAUUGUGUUAGAACAUUUCAAUAAAAUCCUGUUGCUGACUACACCUUCCUUUGUUUGUGUCCUCAUUGUGGAGUUCUCUGUUGUGACGGGGCACCUGAACGUGUUUGUUUCUUUACAGUUAUGGCCCACCAUAUAAAAUCACAGAAAAGCCGGAAGUUAAUUGAAGUCAGCUCUUACCAUUUUGAACGUGUUUCUUUUUGAAGACCUUAUUAGCAAUUUCCUUUCCCAUAAGCAUAGCAGUUGUACCACAGAAGGCAUCCAAGUUGAGAAUUCUGGAGGCUUCAUAUAAAAUUAAAGAGUGCACAGUCUGUUUACAUCAAAGAGUGAUGUUCCAUAGCCAUCCAUAGGAGUAGACCAGAC